AUGUAUAUCAAGGCAGAGAAUAAGAAGAAGGGAUUCAUUGACAGGAAGAGUGAAGAGGUGCAUGAAGGAGAAGUACCGAAUUCAAUACAAUAUUUGCAUAAACCACAACGAGUCAAGAGUUUUCAUAGUUGUUAUAAAAGAACUGAUGCUGAUGAACUGGAACGUAAUACCAAUUUAAACAAGAAAAUAUGGGAUUACAAAAUGGAGGAAACAGAGGUAAGGAGAAUUGAAACCCCGGAAUUAGAACCAUUGAAAAUUGACACUUCAAGCAAUUCGUUAGUGACGGAUUUCGAAGGCUUUGAACCUGAACCAAUAUACAAGAAAUCCGGGGAAUUGGUGAAGCCUUCAUUAAAGUACAGAUCUAAAUCGGUUCCCAGCACGCCCAAUUUAUCAUCGUUGGCGCAAGAAGAAGAGAGGGAAUCGUUGCGGUUGCCGUUAAUGAGAAGUAAGAGUGUUCAUUUCGACCAGGCUACACCGAUAACGUAUUUCCACAAGGAUGAGAGUCCACUUGAUAUAAUGGUGCAAAAUGUUGAAAUGUUGGAAUUGAAUGAGGACAAUCAUAACGAGUUGCGAAUUGUUGAUGCUGGCGGUCAGGUGAUAGAUGAUAGUGUGAAUAACGAGAAGGACCUCAAGACGAAGAUGAUGGUUGAUGCGAGCAAGAGGCUCCGCAAGACGAGGAUGCAAGCCGAGUUGGUGAACAAGAUUAAGAAAGCAAGAGAAGAAGAGAGCAAGAAGAGUCGUGUUGUUGAGAGAGGACGAGCAACGUUUAGUACUGGAGAAGAGUUGACGUUAGGUAAGGCUAAUUUUGCUACGCUGGAGACGAUCAAUGGACCUAGCCGGUUGAAAGUGAAUAUUUUCAUCAAGCUAGCUAAUAACGAUCCAGUAUUUUUGGAAGAGUUGACGUUGAAGAGGGAGAGAAGAGGGAUAUAUUUAAUUGGCAGAGUCCUUGUGAAGAAUUUCCAUUAUCAGAAAGUGGUAAAGAUACGGUAUACCUGGAACAAUUGGGUCACGUAUCACGACAUGCAAGCGCAAUAUAUAGGAACUGGAGAUUCGAUAUUACCCAGUACUAAUAUGGAUAUGUUUCAAUUUAUUAUUGAGACAUGCAAUUUGUAUGAAGACGCACAUAACAGUUUAGAAUUCUGCAUUCAUUUUGUAUCUGGAGUAGAGAACGAUAAUUCCAUGAGGGAGUACUGGGAUAAUAACAACGAUAAGAAUUAUAAAGUUACGAUACGUUAUUAG